AUGACCACGCCGACCAUGGCCCAGCCCACGGCCAUCCACGCCAACGGCACCUCAGAAUCUCCCAGCCUCGACAAAGCGCAACCUGUCGCUCCGGGAAAGCGAAAACGCGAGGCGGAAGAAAUAGAAGACCGCGAUGAAGACAAUGCCUCCGAGGAGCAAAAACCUGCCAUUACCAAUGGACAGCCCAAAAAGGACCAACGCGACGUGAUAAAAUCUUUCGUUGAAGUUCUGAGCAGCUACGACAUCGGUCCCUCCAUCCUCAAGCGCCCCUUGCCCGAGUCCUCUGAUGAUGAGCAAGAUGAACACCGAGCCAAGCGUCAAAAGUCGACCGAUCUAACUACCAUCUCCGAGAAGGCUGCCGCGAAUGCUUACGAGGAUCUUGACCAGGUGGCUAAUGACCUGGUCUCUGUACUUCAAGCCGCUCUCAAGGAUAUCAAGACAAAGCCGGCCGAUGAUGAAGAGCAAGCGACCAACGAGGAAUUGAGAACGCAAAUCUCGGACUUUAAGGAAAAGGCCAUGCAACUUCUUCGACGAGAAAAAGUUUACCCGAAAACUUCUGCCGACCCUCUUGCAAUCGAGGCAAAACUUCCUCCAUCUCCUCAGAAGGGAGAGUUGGUACUGUCCCUUGUUGCAUAUGCACCUCAGGAAAGAAGGCUGUUCUCGAGUCUCCCAAUUUCCGAUGAAGCCAAACUGCGUGAUGUGCCCUUACCCCACGGAAUGUCAUUAACUCAUGUUAUGCCGACAACGCCUCAUGAGCGAACACAGACUCUUGGAGAUUUGUUUUCGUCGCCAAAGAACCUACCGCCUCUGCAGCCACCCAAGCAGCCUAAGACGCAAGCUAAGGGCAACGUGCUGGAUUUUUAUCGACCAGAACUGACAGAUACUUCCAAGUUCCGAAAUGCGUCUUACUUCACAACCCAAUUGACUGCUGGAUGUUACCUCGACUACAGUAACGCGACUCCUUCGUCGCAAACCAUCACCAAGCAACGAGAACGUGCGCAAAGUCUAGCGGGAAAGCGACCCUCAACCACUGAACUUGAACUGCACGAGAUGGAAUCGCUUUUCCGAGGCGCCUUUUCUAGCUUCGCACCGUGCAAGGAUGAUUCAGGAGCGGUUGUGCCGUCGAGUGUUGCGGGUCGUAUGUGGUGGCAGCAAUCGGGCCACCGAUCUUUCCAGAACAUGAUUGAGGUCGAAUAUUAUGGUGGUGCCGACAGUGACGAAAAGGCGGAGAAGGAUGAAGCUAUGGACAUCGACGAGAAGGCUAUCCAAGAAGCGAUUGAUAAUUGGGAUGAAUCCGUUGUUGAUCCGUCACUCGAAGAGGCUCUGGGCACAAAACGGGCGGAUGAGGAGAAGGAAGUCGAUGAGAUUUUGGAAGAAGUCAGCGACAUGAUUGAGACUCUGUCUUCUUACCAACGCAUCCGAAACCUCAACCUUCCCAACUCGCAAAACCGCUCGUCAAGUGACCCGGUUAAUGGCGAUAUGCUGGCUACUCCCGGACCUACUCCUUCAGAAGGCGAGCAAGCCACAUAUGAGAUGCUCAAGGCACAGCUUGCUCUGAUCAUCAAGACACUACCGCCAUAUGCUGUCGCCAAGUUGAAUGGAGACCAAUUGGAGGACCUUCUCAUCAGCACCAAGGUUCAAAUCCAAACUGACAAGUACAAGGGAGUUAUGGAGGAGGAUGAGGCGGGCGUUCAGGCUCGGUUGAGAGCUCAGCAACAAGCUGCUCAGGCUAAUGCCCGGCCGCCGCCUCAACGUACACCCAGUGUAUCGGGAGUUUCUUAUGGGCAUCAUACUCCCCAGACCCAGUACGCAACCCCUCAACGAACCCCCUCUAUGCAACAACAGCAAUACUACCGACCUGGGCCUACGCCCGGUUUCACACCUGCACCACGACCUAUGCCCGCCCAACCCAGACCUCCUCAACCUAAUCAGUAUUCUCGACCCAACGGUUAUCCUGCUCAAUAUGCCACACAAGUUGCUAAAGCUCAAACUCCUUAUGGCCACCAAAACAUGCCUCAGUAUGCUUCUCAGCCAAGACCUCAGUUUGGACAGAUGCAGGCUCAGCAAGGAACUCCUAAUGCGCGGUUCGCUUUCCAACCAGGCUAUCCACAGCAACAAGCCGCUACACCCUCACAGCCCAACUUUGGGGCUUACACUAACGGUCAAGCUGUGCCGCAGCGCACGAUGUCUCCUCAGGUUAAUAGACAGGCCUACAGUGCCUCGCCUAAUGUGCAGCAGCCUCCACGAUACGGUACGCCGAACCAGGCUGUGGGCAGUCAAAUGAACAGGUACCCGAGCAACCCCCCUCAACAUGGAACGCCUGCUCAGAACCCUGGACUUACAGGAUAUCACACCGUUAUCCCUGAAGCGCAACAGCAGCGGAUUCUCGAACAAGCCAAAGCCAGAGUCGCGGCUCAAGAGCGAUCUACUAUGUUCGCUGACAAGAUCACUCAGCCUGUCACUCCUGGUUUUGGCCAAGGGGGAACUAUGGAUCCCAGCCGACUUGCAGCUGCGCGAGCGAGUAUUGCUUCUCAGCAAAAGCCUCCGACUCCCAAUUCUCAGCGAUCGAGUAUGAGUGGGACGCCAGGACCACCACCUCCCCACAAGGUGACUCCUGUUCCUGUCCCACCGAUCCCAGGCAUGCAGCAGAAGCCAUUGUAA